AUGGAGACGGCGAGCCGUAGCAUUCCGGACCAGGAAAUGUUCCUCAGCAGACCUGCCCCGAACGAUGGAGGCGACAGCCCGACCAUCGAGCCUCUGCGCAUCUUCAAGCCCAACAGUCCUCAGCCAAACUCGCGCGCUUCGUCCGCCUCGAACAGCAAGCCUGCCUUUCCUCUACCACCGGGUGCCUCCAGCUCUGCCGCGCCUCUGCCGUUUCCAGAUGACGACGAGAUCCACAGACCGACUCCUGCAAAGCCAUACGGAGCAGCAUAUCUCGACACUGCUCCUCGUCUAGAUACCAGUACCCUCAGCCAAAGGCCCGGUCUCGCCCAACGCCGCGGCGCUGCUCCAAAGGUUAUCAACUCGCCUUCCAGUCCCGACUCUGACCAAGGUUUGUUCGCUCGCCCGCUCAAAGAACAAGCCCGUCCGGCGGCACAGCCUUCAGUAUAUUCCAACUACCAAAAUAAGACUUACUAUCCACCACCUGGAGCUGCUGGUUCAUCAUCUUCAGCUCCUACUUCAAUACCACAGCCCGCAGCUGUCAAUCAUCUGAAGCAGUCUGAGCAACCCGUCAAUCGAUUUCCUUCAACCGCCUCAAAUUCGACUACCAAAGCCACGCGCGGCUCUCCUCCACCUCCUGAGACCCCUAUUGUCGAGCCCGGUGUCAUUCCUGGUGGAGGCAUCGAGGCUCGCUAUGCUGCCUCGGGCAUCUCUGGCACCGCCACCCUCACAAGCCUGCAAGCUAGCCAAGCUCAAAGCGCUGCGGCUGCUCAGAGACUCGCCCAGUACGGGAAUCAGAUGCCUCAAGCCCAGCGACCAUGGACACCGACAGAGACACCCGACCAGGCACCCUCGGGCCCUCCCACAGUCUAUCAAGGGUCCAAUGUCAUAUCGAGCCCCCAGCCGCAGAGAACCCAAACAGCUCCGCCUCAACAGCCAGCCCAAAGUCAAAGCAACCAGAGCAAUCAACAAGUCCAGGUCAGCGUGCUGGAGCAAGACUUCCAACGUCUCGGCACGAGCUCACCACCACCUGCCUACUCCAGCGUCAAUCCGGGAGGGAAUUCGUCAUACCCAAACGAUAAGCGCCGGCCGCAACAAAAUGGUACUGCUCAUCCAGUAGCAGCCGCGACGCAACCAGCUCAGCCAAAUGGUGCUGCCACUUCGAGCCAAAAGCCAGCUGCUUCAAGCUCAGCUCCCGCGGCCGCGACCGCGGCAGGUCCCGCCAACGGCGCGCCGCUACUUUCUCCUGCUCUUCAACAUCCAGGGCACCCUGCUUUUGCUAAUGACCCCCGACCAGAGCAGCCUGCCGCGCCCCAGCAGAGCGCUGCCUCGGCCGAGACUCUAUCGAUAGGUCCCGGGCCGGCUUCCCCGCCACCGCUUCCGGAAGGUUGGAUCGCUCAUCUCGAUCAGAACUCCGGCCAAUAUUAUUACAUUCAUGUUGCAACUCAGGCUACACAAUGGGAGUUCCCAAAGGGCCCAAACCCGAUACAGCCUGAACAGACGCCGCUGUCCCCUACUGCUUCAACGUACGGGAAUCCGCUAAUGUCCCCGGUAUUUGGUAAACAAAGCCUAGCCUCGCCCAUGUUUCCUCCUCAUACUCCUGGGUAUGCUGAGAGCAUAAUGAGUGUGGCUGUUUCCCAAGCUCCAACUGCUGGAUUCUCUGGCCCCCCUCCCUCUGCAGGUGUAGACAUGUACCGUGUUCAGCCCACGAAUGGUGUCUACUUUGGGCCAUAUCUACGCUACGUCAAUAUGGACGUUGAACGUGGAAUUUGGUACGGCAGUAUAAUGAUUGUUACGGAUUCGCCUCAGCCGCCCACCAUUCACAUCCACCUCAGUGCUGAUCUGUCUCCGAGCCCGAGGCAGCUGGAACCCCAUGCGAUUUACACGCACCAAAGAUGGGGAUUCUACAAAUACGAUAUCGAUCUUCAGAUGGGUGAAGGGGGCACAGAAAGAUGGACAUAUGCUGUUACUUCGCAUCUUGGAUGCACUCGAUACGAAUUUGUCGUCGCAGGCCGAUAUGAAUCUGGUUGGAGAUUUAUUGCCCAUUCUGGAAAUGACUUUGCUGCCAGUACAUCACAAAACGAGCGCGCCAAGCUCGGCGGUAUUGGCUUCAUGUGGAAAGAUGUUUUGCAGAAGAAUGUUGAUUGUGGAGGUUUUCACGCCCAGCUGGGUCUUGGAGAUCAGAUCUACGGAGAUCGCCUGUGGAAAGAAGUACCUCUGUUGAAGCAGUGGCUCGCCAUGAGCGGACGCGAUAACAAAAAGGGCACUCAAUGGACGGCGCGCCAUGAAGAGGAUGUAUCACACGCCUACUUCCACUACUACACCAGCCAUUUUGAUCAACCAUUUUUACGUGAGGCGUUUGCCCAAAUACCUCAUGUCCUGCAAAUCGACGAUCACGACAUCUUUGAUGGAUACGGGUCAUAUCCUCAGUACAUGCAAGCAUCUCCGAUUUUCAAGAAUAUUGGCCGCAUUGCCACUGAGAUGUAUCUGUUGUUCCAGCACCAUACGACGGUGGACAUUAUGAGAAACGUCAGAACCGAUCACGACAUCUUCACCGUCACUGGAACUGGAUGGCACUUUGUCAAAUAUCUAGGCCCUGGUAUGGCCGUAGUCGGCACCGACUGUCGAUCUGAGCGAACACAGGCGCGAGUAAUGGCCGGACCUACAUAUCAAGGCAUCUUUCCAAAGGUGGCGACUCUCCCUCCAAGCGUUCAACACGUGGUGUGGAUGGUAUCAGUGCCACUCAUUUUCCCUCGACUGGAGGCUGUGGAAAGUAUUGCCAACACUGUCGCGGCUGGCAAGAAGGCUGUGAACACGACGUACAACAUACUCGGCAAGGUUACGAGCUCAGUCGCAGGUGUCGUUGGCGGCAAAGAAGUUGUGGCCCAGGGCUUUUCUCAAGUUAAGAAGGCCGUAGGGAAAACUGGACUCAUGGGCAAUGUGCUCAACCAGUUUGGGGAGCUUGAUAUUCAAGAGGUACUCAAAGAUUUAUGGACUCACGAGACCAAGGACUUGGAGCGCACAUACUUUAUACGUACUUUGCAAGGAAUUGCACAACAAAAAGGGAUUCGCAUGACAUUCCUUUCCGGCGACGUCAAUUCGGCUGGCGCUGGCCUUGUCCAUGAUCCCACCCACCCUGGCGACCACAAGACCAUGUACCAGAUUAUCACCUCGCCAAUCGUAGCGGCGCCUCAGGGUGGCUAUGUCUUGAAGCUCCUGCACAAUCAAAAGACACUCUAUGUGCCGCAAAACGGCCAAAAGUCUACCCAUGAGGUGUCCGACACCAAGGAAGACAUGAUGGAGAUUUUCCACAAUGAUGCCAGUGGAGGUGUGCGGGAACUCAAGAAGCUCAUGGGACGCAGAAACUAUGCGGCUUUUGUGGCGUAUGACCACGAGGCAGUUAUGGCCCAAAACCAGCCGCCGUUUAGCCCCAGCCCCAGCAUCAACAGCUCGCAGCAGGGCUUGAGCAAGCUGAGCCUCGCAGUUGAUUUUGUGGUGCAAGGCGAUGGGCCUUUUUCAAGCACAACCAAGUAUGGGCCGGUAAUUAUCCCGCAUCUCGAGUUUGGCAGAUAG